AUGAAGCUUUGUUUAUUUUUUGGAAUCAUAUCCUUCACCUCGAUUGCUUUUUGUGCUAAUAGUCCGAAGCCUCAGCCAGCUCAAUGUCCUAAAUCUUCUCUGGAAACCAAACCGAUGACACCGUCACUCAGCGGAUCAACUGGCUUUUACGGAGUUGGAAAAGGAAUUUCGGAUGGUCUACAGAAAGCUCCAGAUUCGCAGACGUAUCAGGAUUUGAAUAAUCUGAUUAGCGGCAAAGAAUCUUACGCUGACACCAUCAAAAGCAUGGUUCUGAGCCAAGUCGGCGCAAUUAUCUUCUGGAGUGUCGGAUUCAUCUUCAUCCUUGCUACAAUAGCACUUUGCAUCGUUACUUGCAUUUGGCAUUUCCGUUGCGCAUGCGCUCCCAAGAAAUCUGCGGUCCGCUCGGAGAUCACUGGAAUGGUCUACAUUGGUCUAUUAGCAACCACUCUUGCGUUCUCAAUCGCUGGUGUAAUAAUUUUUAAUCUCGCUGAAACAGAUCUAACGGAUUCAAUUGAUAAUGGAGUGACUUAUGCCGAUAAGAUUGUUACAGACAUUUUUGAUGUUCUUUCCAAUGGGAAAAAUCAAUUAACAUGCGAAGUGAAAUCUUCAACAUCACAAGCGUUGGCUGAAAUCCGAUCGUUUAUUAAGAAUUACGCAGAAGAUGUGAUCGAUGGAACAACGACACGAGUCGGUUUGACUGCUGUUAACAACUUUGAUUCUGAUGCAUUCAAAAGAAGUACUGAAGUCACGUAUAACAAAGGAGUGAAGUUGAUUGGUGAUCUCCAAACUUUACAAAUGUCUCCCAAAACUGGUCCAGACUGUAGAAAUACGGCUGCCAACUUAUUGGAGAAAGUUAUUAUAAUUCAAAGCGCUUUAUCUGCUUUAUCACUUGCUGCACACUCUUUCAAAAACUCGCGAGAAUUGAAAGAAAUUAACGAUUUAAUCAAAAAGAUUAAAGACGAGGUAGAAUCUCAAUCUAAAGGUGCUGCUGGUGCAAUUGAUAGUGCUGAAGUAUCAUUGGAUGACACUAUCAAUUCAAUUGUGCAUUUCUUGGAUAAACUUCAACAGGAAGUCAAAGCAGUAAAGAAGAUUUCGAUUCCUUCAAUUCAUCAGAAAGUUGUUUCCUACGUUUCCACUGGAAUGGUAAUUGGCAUUCGUGUUGGUGUCACUAUCUUAGCUUGCUUGGGGUUAAUAUGCUGUAUCCUUGCUAUUGUUGUAGUGGUUCUUUCUCUGAUGAAACAAGAUGGCUUGGCAAUGAAGCUCUCCGUCGCCGUUAUUAUAUCUUUCUUCGUUUCAAUCGUACUCUGCAUUAUUCUAUUUAAAAUUGCAAUGACUGUGUUUGCUAUGGGAUUAGUGGUGUCAUCAGUUUGUGUUCCAGUUUUUGGAGAUGACAAGUACACAUUAUUAUAUUGGAAUUCCGAUUCCAGCAAUUGGAAAUCAUUCCUCAAUCAACAUUGGUCAAUUACUCAACUCCUGCAACGACCCAAAUAGGAUUUUUGAAUUUGCACAACAACAACAGGAGCACCCAUCGCCUAAUUUUGCUAAAUUCAAUACUUAUGAGAUUGCGAAGAAACUUUUGAAUGAUAACGCUGAACAAGCCAAAUCUGCGAAUCUGGCUAUCUGUGACAACAAUAAUUUAGAUCAAACGUUUAUUGCAUACUCGGAAUCUCUUUCCAUGUCCCACUUACUUUCCCAGCAAUUUGUCAAAAAAUUAGAGACUCUGGCAGAAAAUGCUCCGAAAACGCCAUCGAUUGCAAAAGAUCUGAAUAAAACUUAUUUCACUAAAACGGAAGCAAUUUUGAAACAGGCUGUUACCAAGCUUUUUAAAGCCCUGCAAGAUGAUAUUUUCAAGUGUCGCCCGUUAGUAGAUGUCUACAAUAAUGCAGGGAUUUCAGUUUGCGAGCAAUUUGGAUUACCAGUUCAUGGAAUGUGGGCAUCGGUUGGCUUGGGUGGUGUUGUGCUAUUCUUCCAAAUAAUUUUAUUGCUUCUUACUUUUCGUUGGUUGAGAACUCAUAGCAAGAAUACUGUUGGCAAGAAUGGAAAAAGUGAUAAGACGGGGACAUCAGGCUCAAUGGAAAAGGCUGGCUCGAAAGAAAAAGACAAAAAGAAAAAGAAGAAAAAAGAUAAGGCAAAUCCGACUGACAAGUGA